AUGGAUCCUCUGCAAAGGGAGGCGUCCAGAAACAGCGAGGAGGGGGCGGCGGGGGGAAAGGGGUCCUCCUACUUCCGCGGCUUCUUUGACGCAGAGAAGCGCCGCAAGGUGGUCAACCAUGACCCUACGGUAGGCCAGGCCAUUGGCGGCGCCGUUGUAAUGGCACUCCCGGUGGCGCUCAUCAUUGUUUUAGUGAUGCGUCGACGCGCGCGCCUCGCCGCUCAGGCGGGAUCCGGCGCCGCGCCGAAGGAGGGCGGCUUCUUCAGCGAGAUGCAGAAAAUGAUGCGACAGACUGUUAAUCCAAUGGGUGAGAAGGAUUUCAAGGUGUCGGUGAAGGACACGAAGUUCAGCGACGUCAUUGGUAUACCAGAGGCACUGGCAGAAGUACAGCAGUACGUCAACUUCCUGAAGAUGCCGCAGGUUUUCACCCGGCUUGGCGGCCGCCUACCGAAGGGUUGUAUUCUCACAGGAGAGCCCGGCACCGGCAAGACGCUGCUCGCAAAGGCGGUGGCUGGUGAGGCGAAUGUUCCCUUCUACAGCUGCAGUGGCUCUGACUUCAUCGAGGUAUACGCCGGCUCCGGACCAAAGCGAGUACGCGAGCUCUUCGCGGCAGCCAAGAAAGAUGCCCCGUCUGUUAUCUUCAUCGACGAGAUCGACGCCGUCGGCUCGCGCAGCAGUGGGAACGGUGCGAUGGGUCUCAGCAGCGAGGAGAAUCGAACCAUCAAUCAACUGCUGGCCGAGUUGGACGGGCUGCAAUCAAACGAGGCGGUCGUCGUGUUUGCGGGUACGAACUUUGUGGACAGCCUAGACAAGGCACUGCUGCGCGAGGGCCGCUUUGACCGCAAGGUCGAGAUCCCGAUGCCGGACAGGCAGGCUCGCCAGGACCUCUUCCGCCACUAUCUUAGCCGCAUCGCCUGCGAGGAUGCCAUCUCGCUCUCGAAGAAACUGGCCGAGCUGACUCCUGGCGUGUCACCAGCCACCAUCGCAGCCAUCGUCAACGAGGGUGCUCUCAGCGCCGCCAUCAAGGACAAAGCCGCCGUCACCGCCGUGGACCUCCUCCCCGCGAUCGACGACGUACUCAUCGGCAAGAAGCACCGCAGUCGCAUGAGCGACGAUGCUGCGAGAAGGGUGGCACUACACGAGAGCGGCCACGCACUUGUGGCAUGGCUGCUCCCGGAGCAGACAGACGUGGUCAAGAUCUCCAUCACGCCGCGCGGCCCCGCCGGAGGCUUCACCCAGCAGGUCGGCCGCGAGGUGUUGGACAUGGCGACGGAGUUUUCGCUCUUCACGGACAUUUGCGUCAUGCUGGGUGGACGGCUGGCGGAGAUGACGCAGCACGAGUCCCUCACCACCGGUGCUCAGGACGACUACCAGCGGGCGACUCAGACAGCUAUCCGUGAGUUCCUGGCGUUUGGCAUGUCUCGCCAGGUUGGUCUCCUCUCGUACGAACCGCAGCGACUCACCGAGGGCCGCAUGCACCAGAAGCACUCGGAGGCAGCGCAUAAGAUGGCGGAGGAGGAGGCGGCCCGGCUGGUCGCUGCCGCGUCUGAUCACGUGAAGGUGCUCUUGCGGUCUCAUGAUGCAGUACUGCGGAAGCUAGCGGCUUCGCUCUUCGAGAGGAAGGAGCUGCUGCGCGAGGAUAUAGAGGCAAUUGUGGGACCGCGCCCUGGAACCAGCUCGGCCGUGUCGGAGCAGACGCGUGCGGCGCUUCGCCGCUUCGUCGACGCGUCUGAAGCCGCAGCGCUGCAACGCCAGACUGCAAGAGAGGCGAUGUGUGCCACCCUUUCUACUGCGUAA